UAGUGGAUGAAAUUUAAGCAAUUAAGCCGAAUUUCUUUCGAAAAAUUCAAGCAAUUCUUUUACACAUUAUAAUAAAUUUACAUAUUAUAAUAAAAAAGUUACAAAAUCUUUUAUCUUCUUUUUAGUGGCACCCACUUAUUUCUUCAUGAUUCAAUUGACAUAUUUCUUCACUGCAAAAGUCCAAAUUUCCACCUUGAAACUUGCCGGAGUCCUACAAAGGACUUGAAAUGUUUGGGAAAGAGAUGUCCUAAUUUCCAUAAAGUACGGUAAAUUUGGUUGUCUUCUUGGGUUGUUUCUUAGUUGCUAGAAAGAGGAACAAAGUGGUCCGGAAUUUUUGUGUACACCUCUCUUGGGAUUUGUGAUUCUUCUUCAUUACAAAUCAUAGCAGAAGGUUUCAAUUGAAACAAGUAAAAUUGAUUAUAUAGAUGAGGGGUGCGGACUAUUAUGGUUCAGAAAUGAAGGGGAAAAUUGAUGAGAAAACAUAAGAGAAGGAGAAGAAAAGGCAAACCCAGAAAUUGUAAAUUUAGAUUCAGAACGUCUCAUGCAACAAGGAGAAAAGAAGGGCAUGGAUGAAUUACCUGGUUCUGUAGGUACCAUUGCGAGCUUUAGUCUCAGACUGGGUCAGACUAUGUUCUCUUCUGCUUCUCUUCUCUUCAUGUCUUUCGGUGUUGAAUUUUACAGCUACACUGCUUUCUGCUACUUGGUAACAAUUAUGGGUUUGGUCAUACCUUGGAGUUUUACAUUAGCAUUGGUAGAUGGAUACUCUGUUCUUCUGAAAUGCCCCAUUCAUCAGCCAAUAAUACUGCUGAUCAUUGUUAUCGGAGAUUGGAUAUUAUCUGUUCUGACACUAGCAGCAGCAUGCUCAACAUCAAGUGUUGUGGAUCUGCUGAUACAUUCCCAUGGUUCUUAUUGCCCUUGGAAGUAUUGCAGCAGAUACCAGAUAUCUGCAGUUAUGGCGUUUCUGUCAUGGAUCCUGUCAUUGGCAUCCUGUCUUUUCAACCUCUGGCUAUUGCCCUCCUUGUGAUUCUCAUUUCAUUUUGGCUAGGACCAUAACAAGAGUGGAAUGGUGUCAACUUGAACAAAACACAGCUCAUUCUGGUGACUGGUGAGCAUACACAUGGAUUGGACUGAAACCUGCGGAUUCUCAUGAUGGCAUUCUUACAGGGGAAAGGUGGUUGUAAAAAUGGAGAACAGAAUUCACAGAAAUAAGAAACAAAACGGAAUUGAAUUGUGCAAGUAUCAUAAGCUCCAAUUCUUAGCGUCUUCUAGACUGCCUGAAGAUACAGUAUGGCCAUCCAGUAGACGCCAUAUACAUAGUAUAGAGAAGUCGUUAUCAAUCUUGAGGUUGACGCUUAACCAAAGCAAAGUGCUUUUGCCUCCCUUUUAUGUCCUGAUUGGCAGUUUCCCAGUUUCAACUUCCACGUGAUGUACUUUAAACUCUUACAUGAGACACGCUGUAUACCUUAUAUUUCACAAACUAAUGCAAUAUUUUACGCAUUUAUUAUCAUUUCGUUUUAUUUAAAAAUAAUAUCUAUAUAUAUAUAUAUAUAUAUAUAUUAUAUUAGAACAUACCAUAAUAAUUAAAUUUAAAAACAAAAUCAUGAAAUUUAAUUAAUCGGUGGAGUCAAUAUUUAAUAUGAUAUUAAAAUUUUCAACAUUUAUAUUAGAUAACGUAAAAUAAUUAUAGGGAGGGAUAAACAUGACAUGAAACUUCUGCGAGCUAAAAAAGUUGUUUUUCUCCUAAAAGAUGUAACAAAAGCAUUUCUCCAGUAUUUAUUUCAUUAUAUGAAAUUAACAUUUUGCACCUUCUUCUUGGGAAAAUAGCUAAAUAAAUAUAUUAAUUGAUAAAAUUAUAAAAUUUGCAUUAGAAUUUAAUAUUAUUUGUAUAUGUUUCAAAUAUUAUAUGAAGAAUAAAAUAAUAAUUUUAUAUUUUAUACAAAUAGUUUCAAAUAUAAAAUAAAUAAUAAAAGGGAUAAAGCAAAUUUUAGUUCUUCAUGUUUGGGGGUUCUAUCGAUUUGGCUCCCUAACUUUAAUUUAUAUCAUUUUAAUCCUUAAUGUUUACUUCAAUUAUCAAGUUACUCCUUUAAAUUUUGUAAGAUAAAAUAGCCUUUAAAGAGAGAUGAUGUAGCAAUUAGAUUACUGAUGUAGAAUAUACACAUGGAUAAAAUAAAAUAUAUUAACCAAAUCUGUUAAGUCCUAAUUAUUUGUCUGUUAUUUAUUUUAUUAUAGUGUCAUCAUUAUCAUGGAUUUUUGAUAAGUAAUUAAAAUUUUUUAUUUAAUUUACGUGUUUUUUCAUGUUAGCAUUCUAAGUUUCACAUGAGCUUUUUUCCGGGUUAUUUUAGCUUACAAAACCUAAAAAGUAACUUGAUAAUUAAAAUAAACAUUAAGAAAGGAUAGAAAUUAAAAUUGAGGGAACAAAUCGAUAGAACUUCCAAACGUGAAUGACUAAA